GACAACACAUCCAGAUUCUCUUCAGAAGUGAGACUUUCCAAAGGACCAAUGACUCUGUUUCCCGUGCCCUCUCAUUUUCUCCUACUCUGUAGCUAUGUCUCGAUCCCGUCAUGCAAGGCCUUCCAGAUUAGUCAGGAAGGAAGAUGUAAACAAAAAGAAAAACAGCCAAGCAAAGAAGACUUCCAAACCAGCCAGCAAAAAUGCAGCAUCAGUCAAGAAUAUGAGCUCUGGAAAAUUAAAGCAAUUAAUUCAAGAAAGAGAUGUUAAGAAAAAACUGGAACCCAAACCACCCAUGCCAGUCAGAAGCCUCCUGACGAGAGCCGGAGCAGCACGCAUGAAUUUGGAUAGGACGGAGGUCCUUUUCCAGAACCCAGAGUCCUUAACUUGCAAUGGGUUUACAAUGGCUCUCCGAAGCACUUCACUUAGCAGGAGACUUUCCCAACCCCCAGUAGUCAUAGCCAAACCGAAGAAAGUUCCACCUCCUAAGAGUUUAGAAAAUCCACAUGAGUGUGUACUUACUGACAUGGGAGUAAUGCACCCAGAAAAUGAUUCGGCCCCAAUACAGGACCCCUUACUGCCCCCUGAUAUAGAGAAUCUAAUUGGUAUACAAAAUGUAUCUGUAAUCAAAGGAGAGAGCCAAGAGACAACCCAGUCUUGGUCCCAAAGUGUUGACGAUUCCCAAAUAAAUAUCCCCUUUCAUAGUGGCCCCACAGCAGAGAUGCUCUCUGGGCCAUUGGAAGAAAUACAUUGUAGUGAAGGACUGUUCUCCGAAGAGGCAUUGAAUGAUAGCAAUUCCCCUAGAACGUUUGCUCAGGACACUGUGUGUGCUACUUUACCCCAAAGAGCAGCCUCCAAAGUUACCUCUCAAAGAAACUCCAGCAUUCAGUUAGAAGACUUGGGUUCACAAGUAGAAUCUCUUAAGCUAUCUGAUUCAUACCCAGAUCCCAUCAAAAGUGAACUUGAUUGCUGUCCCCCCUCCGGUUUUAAUAAGGUUGUACCUGAACUGGACCUUAGGAACUGCUUGCCUAUUGAUGGGUCUACCUCUUUAAUAAAACUCCUCUUGACAAGCUCAGAGCAAGAAACCCUUAGUGCUAAUCCUGUUCAUCAAGAGGUCCUCAAAUCUAUCCCAGAUCAACAGGAAGUUCCUGACCCCACUGCUGUCCUAGGACAGACCUUCAGUGCUCUCCCACCUCAGUGGGAAUUUUCUGGUGCUAACUCAGUUCAUGGUGAGGCCGUGGGUGAGGCCCCAGUCCCACCAGAGAUUCCUGGUGCUAUUCCAGUCCAAGGAGAAAUCUUUGGUACUAUCCUCGACCAACAACGGACUCUUCGAGUGGGUGGGGUUCUUGCCCCAGACCUGCCUAUUUUCCUUCCUGUUCCUCCUAACUUAAUUGCUACCUAUAAUGUUCCCCCCAAAUGGCCUGAGCCCCAGAGCACUCUCUCAUAUGGGCUUGAGGUCCAGGGUGCUAUGCAGAUUUUGCCUUUGGGCUCAGAGCACCCUCCUCUGUCUUCAGACUCAGAGAUAAGCUCAGUACCUCCUGCAAUGGCUAUAAGCAAUGUAGAGAAUGAGAAACUAGUUCCUAUACGCUUUCUGCCAGCUGACACUCAAGGGUUCACAUUAGCCCCUGCAAGUGGACUCUUCCAUCCUUCAUUGGGUAUUGACCAGUUUUCCCAGGCCGGUCCCAGCAAAUCGGAAAAAGGGCAUUCCCAGGUCAUCAUGACUACCCCAGCUGAUGUCAACAGCAAAGCGGUGUCUGUGCCAGCGUCACUUGCCAGUACCUCCACUUCUUCCUAUACAACUUUGCUACCUACCUUGGAAAAGAAGAAACGAAAGCGGUGUGGGGUCUGUGAGCCCUGCCAACAGAAGACCAACUGUGGCGAAUGUACUUACUGCAAGAACAGAAAGAACAGCCAUCAGAUUUGUAAGAAGAGGAAAUGUGAGGAGCUGAAAAAGAAGCCAUCCAUCAUUGUGCCUUUAGAGGUUGUAAAGGAAAACAAGAGGCCCCAGAGGGAAAAGAAGCCCAAAGUUUUAAAGGUAGAUUUUGAAAACAAACCAGUAAAUGGCCUCAAGUCAGAAUCCAUGGAAUACAGUAGGUGUGGUCAUGGGGAAGAACAACGAUUAGAAUUGGAUCCACAUCCACUUGAAAAUGUAACUAAAAAUGAAGAGAGCAUGACAGGGCUCCAGAUCGACAAAUGGACAGCAAGCAAGAAAUCACAUUUCACUGGUCAAGUCACAGGAGAUUUCAGUUCAAGUGUCACAGAAUCUGGAAAAUCAAAAAACUCUGAAGAUGACAAUAAGCAAACCAAACCUCCGAAAUUGUUUACACAAACUCUGAGAAAUGGCAUUAAAAAUGUGCCCUUUGUACCACCUGAAACCGAUGUGUCAUUUAAAAAAUUCAAUAUUGAAGAGUUUGACAAGGCAUUUGAAAACAGUACCUGUAACGUGCUGAAAGACCCCGCAAACCAUCACAAUGCCAUGAGCUCCAUUGUGACUAAUGUCAGUUGUGAUCAUCUCAAGGGAAGAAAUAAUGUCUUAGUCUUCCAGAAGCCUGGCUUUAACUGCAGAUCUAUUCAAGACUCUGCAAACCUCAGCUUAAACAGUCAUACUGGUAUACACAGUGAGGGCGAUUUACCAAAUACCCCUGAGAAUUUACCAAGUAAAGAACCGCAAGACGGAUCUCCAGUUCAGCCAAGUCUUCUAUCCCUAAUGAAAGACAGGAGAUUAACAUUAGAGCAGGUGGUGGCCAUAGAGGCCCUGACUCAACUCUCAGCAGCCCCAUCAGAGAAUUCUUCCCCCUCAAAGUCAGAGAAGGAUGAAGAAACAGAUCAGAGAACAGCCAGUUUGCUUAAUAGCUGUAAAGCUAUCCUCUAUUCCGUACGAAAAGACCUCCGAGAUCCAAACAUAGAAAGAGAGCCACAGAAUCCUCGUCACUGUUCAUCUUUGGAAAAACAAAGUUCACGUAGCACAGUGGUGUUCAAUGGCCACAAUGGCCAAAAUACCCUUUCCAAGUCCCCUGUCAGCUCAGCUUGUAACCAAGUAUCCAAAAAGUUGCAAGAAAGUUCGAAAGUUGCAAAUUCCCUAUCUCUUUUCACACCAAAAUCAAAUGCCACAAAAAUUGAUACCAAUAAGAGUAUUGCUCAGGGUAGGAUUACUCUUGACAAUUCUAAGAAUUUACAUCAGUUGCACAUAAGAAGUAAUAAAGUGGCAUCUUGUAACCAGCUACUAAACAGCGUUAAAAAUUUGGACUCAGAUGAUCCAUCAAGUCAAGAUGUUACUCACAGUAAAAUCGAGGAAGAUGUUGCAACACAGUUAACACAACUAGCAUCAAUCAUUAAAUUCAAUUAUAUAAAACCAGAGGACAAAAAAGUUGAAAGUACACCGACAAGCCUUGUUUCCUAUAAUGUACAGCAAAAAUCUAGUCAGGAGAAGGUCUUAAUACAACCAAAACCACCUUCAAGUGUACAAAAUGAUCGUAGCUCAUCAUUAGUAAAGCAGAAGAACACAACCCAAAAAAAGACAAAAUCCACCCCCUCACGAGAUCGGCGAAAAAAGAAGCCCUCAGUUGUAAAUUGUCAAGAAAAUGAUCAAAAGAAGCAGGAACAGUUGUCAUAUGAGUAUAGUAAGUUACAUGACAUUUGGAUAGCAUCGAAAUUUCAAAGAUUUGGUCAAUUUGGACCACACGAGUUUCCUAUUCUGUUGGGAAAACUUUCUCCCCUCACCAAAGUGUGGAAACCACUGGCUCCAACGAGUGCAGCCCUGCAACAAAAGAAAUUAUUUCCUCCGCUCGCUCAGAUAAAAUUCGAGAGAUAUCCUGAAUUAGCACAGGACAAAAUGAUGAAGGUGGAACCAUUGGAUUCAUUCCCCAUAUGUCAUUUCAAAACAGAAUCUGACGGACAGGUGUUUACAGAUAAAGCGUCUCAGGUACAGUCUGCAGUGAAUGUCAAUCAGAAAGCUCACCCCCUGCCCCAGCCCUACUCUCCACCCAACCAGUGUGCUGAUGUGAUGGCUGCCAGUGACCAAACUCAGUUUCAUCAGGAUUGUGAAGAGCAACUCGUCCAUCAGAGAGUGCCACCAUUGCCUGGUACCUCUCAUGAGACACCCUUACCGGACCCAGCACAGAUUCUCAGGAAUGUAAAUGUAGUUUGUUCAGGUGGAAUCACAGUGGUUUCUACCAAAAGUGAAGAGGAAGUCUGUCCAUCUAGUGUUGGAGCAUCAGGAGUUUCCCCAACAGAUAGUACCCAGAAAAGUUUUAACGAUUAUGCCAUGAACUUCUUUACUAAGGCUACAAAAAACCUGAUAUCUGUAACAAAGGAUACUGAAGUGCCAGAGUGCGACUGUCUAGAUCGAGCUAUACAAAAAGACAAAGGCCCAUAUUAUACACACCUUGGGGCAGGACCAACUGUUGCUGCUGUCAGGGAAAUCAUGGAGAAUAGGUAUGGUCAAAAAGGAAAGGCAAUUAGAAUUGAAACAGUAGUAUACACAGGAAAAGAAGGAAAAAGCUCUCAUGGGUGUCCAGUUGCUAAGUGGGUUAUAAGAAGAAGCAGCGAAGAAGAAAAGGUUCUAUGCUUGGUCCGAAAGCGUGCAGGCCACCACUGUUCAACAGCUGUCAUAGUGGUGCUCAUCAUGGUGUGGGAAGGCAUUCCACUCCCAAUGGCAGACCAGCUGUACAAGGAACUUACUGAGAAUCUCAAGUCAUACAAUGGUCAUCCCACUGACCGAAGAUGCACCCUCAACGAAAAUCGUACCUGUACAUGUCAAGGCAUUGAUCCAGAGACUUGUGGAGCUUCAUUCUCUUUUGGCUGUUCAUGGAGUAUGUAUUUCAAUGGCUGCAAAUUUGGUAGAAGCCCAAGCCCCAGAAGGUUUAGAAUUGAUCCAAGCUCUCCCUUACAUACCUACUAUGAAAGAAUUACUAAAGGACGUAAUCCAGAAAGAAGAUAUAUGAAACCGGAACGAGUCUGUCCGGGACACAAGGCCAUGGAAAAAAACCUUGAAGAUAAUUUACAGAAUUUGGCUACACAAUUAGCUCCAAUAUAUAAGCAGUUUGCUCCAGAUGCUUACAAAAAUCAGGUGGAAUAUGAACAUGUUGCCCGAGAAUGUCGGCUUGGCAGCAAGGAAGGUCGUCCUUUCUCUGGGGUCACUGCUUGCCUAGACUUCUGUGCCCAUCCCCAUAGAGACAUUCACAAUAUGAAUAAUGGAAGCACUGUGGUUUGUACUUUAACUCGCGAAGACAACCGUUCAUUGGGUGUUAUUCCUCAAGAUGAGCAGCUCCAUGUCUUGCCUUUGUAUAAACUUGCAGACACAGAUGAGUUUGGUUCUCAGGAAGGAAUGGAAGCUAAAAUCAAAUCCGGGGCCAUCGAGGUCCUCGCACCCUACCGCAAAAAGAGAACACGUUUUACUCAGCCUGUUCCUCGUUCUGGGAAGAAGAGGGCUGCAAUGAUGACAGAGGUCCUGGCUCAUAAGAUGAGGGCAGUGGAGAAGAAACCCAUUCCUCGAGUUAAGCGGAAGAAUAACUCCACAACGACAAACAACGGGAAUAAAACUGAGAUGGUGCAACCUGAAAUAAAAAGUGAAACUGAACCUCAUUUUAUCUUCAAAGGUUCAGACAACACUAAAACCUAUCCACCGAUCCCAUCCAUUCCUCACCCAGUGAAAGAGGUAAACCUAUCUCCAGGCUUCUCCUUGUCCCCUAAGACUGCUUUGGCCACAACAGCUCCAUUUAAGAACGAUACAACAGCCUUGUACGGGUUUUCAGUAAGAAGUAGCAUUCCCCACUGCACAAUGCCUUCUGGAAGGAACAGUGGUGCUAAUGCAGCUGCUGGGGAAUGCACUGGAAUUGCACAGCCUGGUGAAGUGGCUCCUCUUCCCACUCUGGCUUACUCUGAGCCUCCCACUGGUCCAACUGAGCAGCUAACUUCUAAUCAGUCAAACCAGCAGCCCCCAUUCCUCUCUUCUCAUGAACUUGCUUCCUCUCUGCUAGAAGACGACCAGCAUUCCGAUGCUGAUGAACCUCUGUCUGAUGACCCCCUGUCUGAUGACCCUCUGUCACCUGCUGAGAAGAAAUGGCCCUACUUGGAUGAGUAUUGGUCAGAUAAUGAGCACAUCUUCUUGGAUCCCAAUAUUGGUGGGGUGGCAAUAGCGCCCACUCAUGGCUCAGUUUUGAUUGAGUGUGCCCGGCGAGAGCUUCAUGCUACCACUCCCGUCCAGCACCCAAAUCGGAAUCAUCCUACACGCCUCUCCCUUGUAUUCUACCAGCACAAAAACUUGAAUAAGCCCCAACAUGGUUUUGAACUAAACAAGAUUAAGUUUGAAGCUAAAGAAGCUAAAAAUAAGAAAACAAAGGCCUCAGAGCAAAAAGACCAGGCAGCUAAGGAGGGUAAUGAACUGUCCCCUGAAGUUAAUGAAUUGAACCAAAUUCCUUCUCAUAAAGCAUUAACAUUAACUCAUGACAAUGUUGUCACCGUGUCCCCUUAUGCUCUCACACAUGUCGCGGGGCCCUAUAACCAUUGGGUCUGAAGGCUUUUCUCCCCUUCUUAAUGCCUUUGCUAGUGCAGUGUAUUUUUUCAAGGUGCUGUUAAAAGAAAGUCAUGUUGUCGUUUACUAUAUUCUCCAUCUCACCCAUUUCAAGUUUGAAUUUAAAAAAUAUAGUAGGGUAGGUAUUUCUUAACUGUGACUAUAUUUUGACAAUUGGUAGAAGGUGCACAUUUUAAGCAAAAAUAAAAAUUUUAUAGUUUUAAAUACAUAAAGAAAUGUUUUGGUUAGGUGUUAACCUUGAUCGAAUCACUCAGUUUGGUGCUUUAAAUUAAGUCUGUUUACUCUGAAACAAGAGUCAUUUUUAGAGGAUUUUAACAGGUUCACGUGCUAUGAUGUAAAAUCAAGACACAGUGUUAACUCUACACAGCUCCUGGUGCUUAACCACAUCAACACAGUUAAAAAUAAGCUGAAUUAUUAUUUCAUGGUGCCAUUGUUCCAACAUCUUCCAAUCAUUGCUAGAAUAUUGGCAUAUUCCUUUGAAAUAAACCAAUGAAAUGUUUUCUCAAACUAUUUCUCCUAUAAAAAAAAGAAUUCAUUAUUGUUAGUAAUGGUUGGAGGCUGUUCAUAAAUUGUAAAUAUAUAUUUUAAAAGCACUUUCUAUUUUUAAAAGUAACUUGAAAUAGUAUAGUAUAAGAAUCCUAUUGUCUAUUGUUUGUGCAUAUUUGCAUACAAGAGAAGUCAUUUAUUCUUGCUGUGUAGAGUUCCAUCUUGUUAACUGCAAUAUGUAUUCUAAUCAUGUAUAUGGUUUGUGUUCUUCUAAUGUGUCCUUUCCACAGUCAAAUAUUAGCUACUUAAAUAAAAUAGUUAGGUAAUGCAAAAAUCAUUUAUUAUCUCUAAAAUUGGAUUUAGGAAACAUAUCACCAAUAUUGAUUAGCCGUUUCUUUGGAAUUAAAUAAGAGUGGUCUCUUCUGAUUUAUUGAACAACAGUCUCCUCAAUUUGCUUUCAUCCCAGCUUUGUCAAUGUAACUCAUGAAAGAUGUUUCCAAAAGGAGAUGGGACAGAAUAGGAUUCAGAAGAGUCAAAUGCUUCUAACGUGUCAAGGUUAUAAAAUGUAAAAAUCAAGUAUCCAGAACUCUACCCAGUCCCAAAUUGCCUUAUUUGUUUUGAAAAUCAUUCCAAUAUAGGAUAAGAAAAAUCCUGUAGAAAUCUUUUGAGAAUAAACUCCCUGUCGACAUCAAAUGGCCCCCAUCCCCCAAACAGUAGGAAUCGUAUUAUAAACAUAGCUUUGGCCAUUCAAAGCUAAUCCAGGUAUUUAUCUUAGCAUUAGAUUUGGGAAAAUGGUAAUUCCUCUUCUUGGAUAAUUACCUAUGUUCUAGGUAACCGAAAAAUAGGCUUUUAUUCUAGCUUUCCCAUAAAUUUUUCCACAUUCCUUUGUUGAUUUGUCAUAGAGCAAAGCAGAAAGGAUUACCCAAACAAAAUGUUCAGUACAAGAAGAAUUUCCAGUGAAAUACUUGAUUUCGUUAAAAUGCAGAGGUGCUAUAACAUUCAAAGUGUCAGAUUCCUUGGGAGUAUGGAAAACCUAAUGGUGCUUCUCCCUUGGAAAUGCCAUAGGAAGCCCACAACCGCUAACUCUCACUAUUUUGGUGCAAAAGCAAACUGUUCCAGUAAGCUCUCUAAAGAAAAACUCAUUGUAAAUUAUUAAAACCAUAUAUGGUGCAAAGUUUUGUGCUUUUGACUGAUUUGAGUAAAGGAAUAUGAAGGGAUUGUAAAUAACAAAAUGUCCAUUGACAGACCUUCAUCUUGUAGAAGUAGAUUUCUGCUUCUUGAAUAUGUAAAAUAAGGUAAUUCAUUGACUUGUUUUAGUAUUUUGUGUGCCUUAGAUUUCCGUUUGAAAACAUGUAUAUUUUUGUGAGCCUAAGGUUUCUUAUACAUAGAAGUAUAUAAAUAAGUGAUUGUUUAUUGCUUCAGCUGCUUCAGUAAAAUAUUUACUAGUAUUAGACUAUCAGGAAUACACCCUUGUGAUAUUACAUUUUAGAUUGUAGGCCUUAGCUCCCACGAAACAUUAUUAACUCACCAGAUUUAAUGGAUAAAUUUGUAUGGCCCUUUAUUUACCCGUCUGGUUAUUCUUCCAUUCUGUUAUUGAAUGCCUACAAAAUCUAAGUAUCACUUUUGUUUUUCAUUGAAUCACCAACUAUGAUGGUGAUUCUAAACUUGCAGAAUUAAAAUCCUAAGAGAUACCUUUCCAGGGGACCAGGUGGUGGUGUGGUGGUGAAACGCGUCAUGUCUGCGCGGCAAUCCCAUGGCAGGAGGUCCCUGGUGUGAGUCUAGAGACCCGAGUACACUGGUCUCGCACUUGCCUAGGAUCCAGGUCUGGCUGAAGUUUCGGAUUGGACCCUGUUGAGGUUACUGUCUCUUUCCCAUUCUCUCUCACACGCUCUCUUUCAUGGAAGAAGUAAAUAAACUUUUAUAAAAGAUACCCUUCAAAUUUCCUUUUAAAGAAAUACCAAAUUAUUUUCCAAAUAAUCCAUGGAAAUAUAGCCACAGUAACUUAGUUAAAACACCAGUGUUGAAGUUUACCAAAACAAGUACAAUAAGAAUACCUAGUUUUAAAUAAAAUGUGUCCGUUCUUUUGUUGUAAUUAACAUUUUGAAUGGGCUGCAACUGAUACCCCUAUUGUGGGAAUCAUACUCAACUUCUACUGUGUUGGAUUGUUUCCUAAGUUUAACAUCUUAUCAUCCCAUUCUUUGCCCUGUGGUUUUUUAAAAAGUUAUGCUUAUUUGAUGUUCUGCAGCAUUGUGAUUGUAUGCUGGCUACCCUGCUUCUAGAAUGCUCUUUCUCAUGAA